AUCAAGAAAUAACAGAAAGCAGAAAGAAAAGCGCAAAUGCAAAGACCAAAAACUCUGUAAAUCCUCACAUCUGAUCUAAAUAAUUAAACCCUCCAUUUCUCUGAGGUUUUUAUUUGAAUUUAAUACUGUAGUGAAUUUUGAGUAGAACCAGAGAAUUAUGAGUGGUUUAUUGGCUUUCCGGCACUUGAAGAACAAAGGGAGCCAACGCCUUUCUUUGAGCUGGUUUAGCUCUUCUGAUUUUUCGAGAUUUCUUCAUUCCUUACCUUUUGCAACGGUGAAUGCAGAGGAAGUAUCAGGAUCUAAGCCAGCUGAAGUGCUAAAUUUGGUGCAGGGUAAAUGGACAAGAUCCUCUAGUUGGAAUACCAUUCCAGACCCAUUAAAUGGCGAAUCAUUUAUUAAAGUUUCGGAAGUAGAUGAGAAAGGAAUACAGCCUUUUGUAGAGAGCUUGUCCAAGUGCCCUAAACAUGGUUUGCACAAUCCAUUUAAAGCACCUGAAAGGUACCUCAUGCUUGGAGACGUAACAACAAAAGCAGCUCACAAGCUUUCCCUGCCUGAGGUCUCUGACUUCUUUGCCAAAUUGAUACAAAGAGUGAGCCCAAAGAGUUACGAACAGGCUCUUGGUGAAGUUUAUGUCACUCAGAAGUUCCUAGAAAACUUCUGUGGUGAUCAGGUACGUUUCCUUGCUAGGUCAUUUGCAGUACCUGGAAAUCAUCUUGGUCAGCAGAGUCAUGGUUUUAGGUGGCCUUAUGGACCAGUUGCAAUUAUCACUCCUUUCAAUUUCCCUUUGGAGAUUCCAGUGCUUCAGCUGAUGGGUGCCCUAUAUAUGGGGAACAAGCCUCUUCUUAAAGUUGAUAGCAAGGUCUGCAUAGUAAUGGAACAAAUGCUCCGACUACUCCAUGAUUGUGGGUUACCAUUGGAGGAUGUUGACUUCAUAAAUUCUGAUGGGAAGACAAUGAACAAAAUUCUUUUGGAGGGGAAACCACGCAUGACACUCUUCACUGGCAGUUCAAGAGUCGCGGAGAAACUGGCUGUUGACCUGAAGGGUCGUAUCAAACUGGAAGAUGCUGGGUUCGACUGGAAGAUCCUUGGCCCUGAUGUCCAGGAGGAGGACUAUGUUGCUUGGGUUUGUGAUCAAGAUGCAUAUGCGUGCAGUGGCCAAAAGUGCUCAGCACAGUCGCUGCUAUUCAUGCAUGAGAACUGGGGUAAAAGUUCGCUCCUAAAUAAGUUGACUAGUCUUGCUGCUAGAAGGAAGCUCGAUGAUCUGACUGUUGGCCCUGUUCUUACCUUUACAACGAAUGCAAUGCUUGAUCACAUGAACAAAUUGCUUCAAAUAAAAGGAUCGAAGCUUAUCUUUGGCGGUGAACCUUUACAAAUUAAACCUACUGCCGUCUUCAUCCCACUAGAAGAAAUAUUGAAGGAGACUAAUUAUGAACUGGUAACCAAAGAAAUCUUCGGCCCUUUCCAGAUUGUCACGGAAUACAAACACAACCAGAUUCCAUUGGUACUGGAUGCGCUCGAAAGAAUGCAUGCGCAUUUAACAGCUGCAGUAGUUUCAAAUGACCUUUUGUUCCAACAAGAGAUUAUUGGAAACUCAGUCAACGGAACCACUUAUGCCGGAUUGAGAGCAAGAACGACCGGCGCUCCACAAAAUCACUGGUUUGGUCCGGCUGGUGAUCCAAGAGGAGCAGGAAUAGGAACUCCAGAAGCAAUAAAGCUCGUGUGGUCGUGCCAUCGGGAGAUUAUAUACGACGUUGGUCCGGUGCCAAAAAGUUGGACAACUCCAAAACCAACUUGAAAUUGCAUAGAUUUCAAGAAUAACUAUGGUGUAUACAUAUGGAUUACAGGUCAAAUAGAAAAUGAGGACAUGUACUUUUCUACUGAGUAAUAAAUGAAUGCAUGCAUUUUAUUUUUAUCCAAA